AUGAAUGUCUCGGCGGUGGCGGCUGGGAAUCCAUACACAAAAACAACUGAAGAAGCUCACGAUGCAUGCAACGCUACUAACAUAUUGAAAAGGAAUGCAGCUCGGCCAACAAGGUUAAAAGAAGAUUUGAAGGCAGGAAAAGCGGGUCCAAAAAACAACAAGUUGGAAAGGAAGUCCAGUGAAGCCGUCGUUGAAGGGAAGGAUAGUAAAAAUAAAUUGAAGAAAACAUCGAAAGAAGGGGCAAAACUUGGUGAAGCUAAAAAUAGCAUUGAUAAACAGAAAAAGCGAUCAAAAGAAGGCUCGGUGGAAGGUGGUAAAGCCAAACCGAUCAAAGCGAUGAAAGAAGGAGCGGCUGUUGAUGAGGGUAAAAACAACAAAGACAAGCCGAAAAGGCGAUCUAAGGAAGGCUCCGCUGAACAGGGUAAAAUCAAACCAAAGAAGCCUUCGACAGAAGGAGCGACUAUCGGUGAAGGUAAAAACGAGAAAGAUCAGGUGAAAAAGCGAUCCAAGGAAGGUUCAGCGGAGAAUGGAAAAGUCAAACCCAAGAAAGUGUCAAAAGAAGGAGCUGCUGUCGGUGGAGAUGGAAACAGUAAGGAUCAGCCGAAGAAGCAGCAGAGAGAACGCACCAUUGAGAAUGUGAAGAACAGUAAAGAAAAACGGAAUCUGAAGAAAAGCUCAAGCGAAGAAAAAGGUAACAAAGACAAAGAAGCUGGAAAGAUGCCUAAAGAGCGUACCUGUGACGAAGAAAAGGACGAUAAAAAGACGCGGAAAAGAAAAUCGAGAGAAAUCACGGAAGAACGUGAGGGUAGCAAGGACAAGGCAAGGAAAUGGCUCAAGAAGUCAAAGACAACCGUCACAACUGAAGAUGAAGGAGAGAGCAGAAUGAAGCAUAGGAAGAACAAGAAAACAAAGACAAUCGACACAACUGAAGAUGAUGGAGGCAGUAGGAGUAGACUAAAUCUGAAGAAGAUAGCACGAUGUUUCUGGGCCACUGAAGAUGAAGAG